AUGCCAUCCUCCUGGCCGAUGGCUACCCCGAGCGGACACGCGUUCUUCCUGAACAGAAAUGUCAAUUCCGCGCCACAGCGUGUCCUGCACGAAUGGGGACGGUUCCUGCAGCAAGAGGGGUCUGCUGAUGCAGUUGACAACUGGUUCACUGAUAGUCCAGACACGUCUGUUCCACCCAACCACACUGUGGCUUCAGGUCCUGGGAUGCGUUUUCCGUCCGUGAAUUCUGCGAAGGGGUCCGUCCUGUUGCGGCGUCAGACUAUGGAGGCCCUGUUUUGUUUCCGUCGGUGGGUGCUGUUGAUCCAACAGCUGUAA